UAUUAUUUAUUGUCGGUGAUUUAGUCCCCAAAAUCGCGUCUUCCAAAACUACCACACCGCCCGUCAUCUCCAUCCAUUCCCCUAAGCCUCGCUUUCACGCCGUCGGUGAUAUUCUCCCCUCCGCCGCUGAAAUCGGUUUUAUAAGUCGAUUUCUUUGAUUAUCCCCUUUUUUUCAUCGAUUUUGGUUCAGAUCUGAUUCAAAGAUGGCGGCAACAAGGCGGUUACGGGAUCUCCAAUCACAGCCGGACAACACAACUUGCGUCGACUGUAACCAAAAGAAUCCUCAGUGGGCUUCGGUUUCCUACGGCGUUUUCAUGUGCUUAGAAUGCUCCGGCAAACACCGCGGCUUAGGUGUCCACAUCUCGUUCGUCCGAUCCGUUACCAUGGAUUCGUGGUCCGACAUCCAGAUCAAGAAAAUGGAAUCCGGUGGUAAUGAGAAGCUCAACGCGUUUUUGGCACAAUACGGUAUUCCUAAAGAAACCGAUAUCUUUACCAAGUAUAACACUAAUGCUGCGAGUAUCUACCGCGAUUGUAUCCAAGCCCUAGCCGAGGGCCGUACCUGGAGGGAUCCACCCGUUGUGAAGGAGACUCUCAACGGUGGUGCUGGUGGUAAUAGGAAGCCGCCGUUGAGCAGUGGAGCUAGCCGGGGCGGGAAUGAUGGAGGUUGGGAUAGUUGGGAUAAUGACGAUUCCUUUAGAUUUUCGAGCGAGAUAAGGAGGACUCAAUCGUCAAGUGAUUUUAAGGCAGGGAAUUAUCACAGUGGUGGAGUGGGAGGUGCACCAGUGAAGUCGAGGUCGAGUGAGGAUAUGUAUACGAGAUCCCAAUUGGAGGCUUCGGCGGCGAAUAAGGAGAGCUUUUUUGCGAGGAAAAUGGCAGAGAAUGAAUCGAGGCCUGAAGGGUUGCCCCCUUCACAAGGCGGGAAGUAUGUUGGUUUUGGAUCGAAUCCUAUGCCUAGCCAGAGGAAUAAUAAUAAUUCUCAAGGGGAUGUGCUCUCUGUUGUGUCUCAGGGGAUUGGGAGGCUAUCUUUGGUAGCAGCAUCUGCAGCUCAAUCUGCCGCAAAUGUUGUCCAAGCAGGAUCAAAGGAAUUGACCUCGAAGGUGAAAGAGGGUGGCUAUGAUGCCAGGGUUAAUGAAACUGUCAAUGUUGUCACUGCAAAGACAAGUGAGAUUGGCCAGAGGACGUGGGGUAUCAUGAAAGGGGUCAUGGCAAUGGCUUCACAGAAGGUUGAGGAGUACACUAAAGAUGGCAUGAACUGGAAAACUGAUAACUGGCCACAAAAUGAUGGUGUGAAGAAUGGAUAUUAUAACGAGUUUAAACACGAGAACAAUGGAUGGAAUUCUACUUCUGGAGGACAAUCCUCUUCUGCUGGCAAUAAUAAUUCUUAUAACUCAAGUUCUUGGGAUGGCUGGGACAUGAAAGACGACAGGAAGGAAGGUAAUAAAAAAGUGACUGUCUCUCAUAGCAAUGAUGGUUGGGCUGGCUGGGAUGAUGCCAAGGAUGAUGGAUAUGAUCAUUUCUAUAACGGUUCAUCUGAUAAAAAAGCCGUUGAUCACAACGGUAAAUCAGAUUCCACAUGGACUGGUGGAGGCUUCCUUUAAGGUUGAACUUGAAUGCUAUUUACAGAGAUCAGAGUUCUUACAUACCCAGAAAGGUAACUAGUACACAAUUUAUUCCAGCUGGGGACAGCGCAUGCGGGGGAUGGAUAGCACUCUAUUUUAUCGUUCUACAGCUGCUAAGAAUCAUUGUUUGUGGAAGGUGGGGUGAUUUUGAUGGAGUUGAUAAUUUCUUCUGUAAGUUUCGUGUUUGAUUUAAGCUUAAAUUUAUAAAACUGUGGACAGAAAAGGCUAAUUUGCCCUAUUUGAAAGAGAAAUGCUUGUACCUGUGACAUAAAAUCAAAAUUGUUUUGGAUCUAUAUGCUCAACUGUUGUUACUUUUGUGUUCCCU